AUGCAUAUAUUUUGCAGUGGAUGUACCAUUCCAGUAAAGCUUAAGGUUUCCUUCUUUGUGGUUUUUAUUUUCAUUAUAUACUACAACAAAAUCAACUACACUGCAUUUACACAACAAUCACAACUACCUGUGGUGGGUGUGGUGAGAUUCAGAGGAUCCACACUCCAGCCUGUUGACAGGUCGCCAGGUCACUCAGGUCCCAACUGUCCACCUGGCUUUUAUACUAAGGAGGAGCUCAAGCCUCACCUACAGAGACCUCUCCAAGAUCCCAGGGCACCAGGUGCAAAUGGCAACCCCUUUGUGUCACACCAAAUGUCUGCUGAAGAACAUAAAGAGAAAUUACUUGGGUUUAAUAGAAACCAAUUCAACCAGUUUGCCAGUGAUCGCAUCUCCCUGCACCGUGAUCUAGGCAAAGACACAAGGUCACCAGAUUGCUUGGAACAGAUGUUUCGCCGUUGUCCUGGUCUCCCUACCACCAGUGUUAUCAUAGUGUUUCAUAACGAGGCCUGGUCCACUCUGUUGAGGACGGUCUACAGUGUCUUACACACAGCACCGGCAGUCCUGCUCACAGAAAUCUUACUGGUGGAUGAUGCCAGCACAGAUGAUCACCUCAAGACUCCCCUGGAUGACUAUGUGCGGCAGCUGAAUAUAGUGCGUGUCUUACGCCAGAGGGAGAGGAAAGGCUUGAUCACAGCCAGACUGUUGGGAGCGCAGGCUGCGCAAGGAGAGGUGCUCACCUUCCUGGAUUCCCACUGUGAAUGCUUCCCUGGAUGGCUGGAGCCUCUUCUAGCUCGGAUAGUAGAGGACUCUACAGCUGUGGUGAGCCCCAAAAUCACCAUUAUUGACCAAACUAACCUGAAGUUCAGCAAACCAGUCCCUAAACCCCGUCAUUACAGUCGAGGGAAUUUUGACUGGAAGCUCAAGUUUGGAUGGGAGGCCAUUCCUGAUGAAGAAAAGAAGCAAAGGAAGAAUGAGACCUGUCCUAUCAGAACUCCUACUUUUGCUGGUGGCUUGUUCUCUGUAUCGAAAUCAUACUUUGAGCAUAUCGGGACUUAUGAUGACCAGAUGGAGUUCUGGGGAGGGGAGAAUUUGGAAAUGUCCUUCAGGGUCUGGCAAUGUGGAGGGCAAAUGGAGAUUAUUCCUUGUUCUGUUGUAGGGCACAUUUUCCGCAAAAAGAGCCCCCACACCUUCCGCAACAGCAGCUAUGUGGUCAUCCGCAACCUGGUCCGCCUGGCUGAGGUCUGGAUGGACAACUACAAAUGGGUCUUCUAUCGUACAAACAGAAAGGCUGCUUCCAUUUUUAAAGAGAAUUUAUUUGGAGAUGUUACUGAACGUCAUAAACUCAGGGAGAGAUUGAACUGCAGGAACUUCUCUUGGUAUUUGAACAACAUUUAUCCAGAGGCCUACAUGCCUGACAUCAGGCCGGUCAUGCACGGACAGUUGCAAAACAUUGGUUUGAAGUGCUGCCUGCAUGUGAAGAAGACAAACAGGCAAUGGGAGACUGUUCGAAAGUUUAAAUGCAAUAAAGGUGACGGACAGUAUUUUGAGUACACAUCCCAUCGAGAGGUACGGCUCAGCACCGGCAUUGAAUUAUGUUUACAUGCAGCUCCUGGAACAGCUGGGGCGUCUCUGAAACGCUGUCGACUGAAGGGGAAAAUAACCACAGCAGCGCCUGAGCAAGUGUGGGUCUUCACACAGACAAACAAACUGAAGAACCCGUCAUCAGGCAAAUGUUUGACAGUAUCAGGAGGAAACGUGAUAAUGAUGAUGUGCGACUCCACCAGCCAAAACUGGGUCUUCAUCUGACACCUAGUCAUGGAUUUGCAUAUGUGGACAUGUGCAUUUAGCUUUUCUGCAGGGAUAGGUUUAGAUUUUGUCCGGUCUUCCUUAAUAAAAUUCUCACGUGCCCUUGUGUACAUUUAUAAAGUUAUUGGUCCCUGUAAUUGUUCCUGGCUGUGAAGGGAUCCCUCCUUGUGCGACUCCAAUGUAAAAGUGAUAUCUUACAAAGUUACGGCCUUUUUUGCACAAAAUCCCCUCUUUAUGCCAUCCAUCUACUGCAACUCAGAAAGGAAACGCUGUAUAUCUAAACACAAAGAGUGAAUGUUGUGACUGAUACUUUUAAAAGCAUUUUACUGUGUAUUCUGACCCCCAUAUCUUACAUUGGAGGGCUGUAAAGCCAGCAUUAACAGGAGGAAUCCUUACAGUGACCAAUAAUUCUUACUUUCAAUGUAGGCUACAUAUGGGGAUGUGAGUAUUUAAUUAAAUAAUAAGUCUUGUGACGUUUUAUAUUUUUUGUAUAGUCAGCCAAUUCAAGGAAAAGACCAAAACCAACAAUGAAUUGAUCCUACUAUUAUUACCUGUGUUGUCUUUGUAGCCAAAGCCUCAUGUAUCUUAUUCAUCUGUGCAAUAGAGGUCCAUUGUUGUUCAAAAACAGCCACACUGUUGGGCGACAUGUUUCUUCAUUACCAUGAACAUUAGCACUGUACUUUAUUUUGAGUCAAUCCCGCAUUAAAUCUAGCACCAAAAAUUUAUUAAUCCACAGCUGAAAACAGUUUCCAAAAAAUGCACUGUUGACCCUAUAAAGUUAGCUAAAAGUUACAGUGCCCAAGUGUUUUUGUAUUAUUCAUUUCAAAACGGGAAUUAUGUCAAGUUAUCAAAUAAAUGUAGUGGAGUUAAAAGAACAGUAUUUGAGAAAAUUAAAUUACUCAAGCCAGAAACAAAUAUCCAAGAAGUGUACUUAGUUAGGCUACUUUCAAUCAAUGCAAAGAGGAUGACCAGCCUUUUCCUUUUUCCUGUAAAAACACACUCCAAAAAUGUGAAUCAAUCUGUA